UCCAAAGCCAUUUCAUUAGUCUCUCUCACUCUCCCUUUUUCUCCUUCUUAUCUCCCUAUCCCCAGAAAGUCAGAUCGUCAUCACCACAGAUUUUCAUUCUGAUAAGACGAGCUUAAGUUAUGAGUUGCAAUGGGAUGGCCUUCUUCCCUGCCAAUUUUAUGUUACAAACUCAACAUGAAGAAGAGCACCUGCCUCCAACACCUCUGAACCCUGUUCUUCCCUCGUGCUCACCUCAAGACUUCCAUGGUGUUGCGUCGUUUCUAAGAAGGAGAUCCAUGUCAUUUUCAGGUGUGGACGUCUGUGAAGAAACAAAUGGGGAAGAUGAUUUAUCUGAUGAUGGGUCACAGGUGGGAGAGAAGAAGAGGAGGCUUAACAUGGAACAGGUGAAGACUCUUGAGAAGAACUUUGAAUUGGGUAACAAGCUUGAGCCUGAGAGAAAAAUGCAACUCGCUAGAGCUCUUGGUCUGCAACCAAGACAGAUUGCUAUAUGGUUUCAGAACAGAAGAGCUAGGUGGAAGACCAAGCAAUUGGAGAAAGACUACGAUCUCCUCAAAAGACAGUUCGAAGCAGUUAAGGCAGAUAAUGAAGCCCUCCAAACCCAGAACAAGAAACUUCAAGCCGUGAUAUUGGCUCUGCGAAGUAGAGAACCAACAGAAUCAAUCAACCUCAAUAAAGAAACUGAGGGUUCUUGCAGCAAUAGAAGUGAGAACAGCUCUGACAUCAACUUGGAUAUCUCAAGAACACCAGCAAUCGAUAGUCCUCUAUCAUCCCACCCAAACAGACCACUCUUCCCAUCAUCAUCUAUCAGGCCAGCCGCGACUGUGACCCAAUUCCUCCAAAACUCAUCAAGGUCAGAACUCCAUUGCCAGAAGAUGGAUCAAACUGUUCAAGAUGAGGGGCUCUGCAACAUGUUCUGCAGCAUUGACGAUCAACCCGGAUUAUGGCCGUGGCCGCCGGAGCAGCACCAUUUCCAAUGAAUUUGUUGUCACAAUCGAGAGGGACCCAAUUUGCAUAUGCGGCGGCCGCUUUUGGCCGUGAAUUAAUGAAUGGAGUACAGAGAUUUGUU